GUAAAUCAUACAGUAAUAUUUUUGAAGCAGAUGAAAAUGGAGAGGAUAAAAUUUAGACGAACUAACAUUUUUUAACUAAAAUUGCAGCUUUUGUAGUUGAAUAUAUUUUUUGAUAAAUUUCAAAUAAUAUUGUAUUACACAAUUAUGGAUAAUCCUAGAACAAGUAUUGAUAGAGACUAUUCACUACGCCGUAAAAAAAUAGAUGCUGUACAAGAUAUUGCGAGCGAAAUCAGGUCCAAAAAGAGCUCUUGUCCAGCUCCCGAUGAGUUACUGCUGAAUUACGUUCUGCAAAAUAAAAAAAUAUAUUUGGAGAUGUUAUUCAACGCGAAUCUCUUGAAACGUAGAUAUUAUCAUCCAAUCCAAUAUACAUAUUAUGUCGACAUACUUUCAAUGGCAUGUGUGAUGGAUGAAGUAAAAGAACACACAGUGGAGUGUUUAAUAAAAUUGGGAGCAGAUAUACGAUGUCGAGAUGUAGAUAAUUGGGAGCCACUUCAUUAUGCUGCCCUAAGAACUGACUGCUCCGUACUAAAAGUUAUUACAGACGAACUAAAAAACAGGAGCUUUCAUUUAAAUGAAGUUUUAGCAGCCAAUAGGAAUGCUUUUGAUAUACUUAUGAGGUAUGGAAAUAAAUAUUCCGUAGACUUUGUCGAUUGUGCUAAACUUUUAAUAGAUGAAGGAAUAAAUGUAAAUUUGGAAGAAUAUAAAAAGAUAUUUACCAGUGAUGGGGCAAAUACGAAAAAGUUUACUGAUAUUCAAGAGUACUAUGACCAAAUUACUAGAGGCAAUAAUAUCCCAACCUAUAUUAAAUCACAACAAGAAAGUGACUUAAAGGAUUUAUUGUUCGAACUUGUAAGAAAAACAGACGAAGAUGAGUUUCUGAACUCGUUUAUGAAUUGUGGCAGUGCAAUUAUUUCUGACUUGGCUAAUAGUGAUAACGGGGAGAUGACUCUUCUACAAUUUGCGUGUAAAAAUGGUACUAAACGGAUAGUAGAGUAUUUACUCGAGGUAAAAGCAGAUAAAAACAAAACCACGACUAAGAAAAAAGAGACUCCUAUAGAAAUUGCAGCUAAAAAUUACGACCAUGAAAUAUUUCAGAUUCUCAUUAAAAAAUAUGAAGAAGACGAAAUAAUUCCAAAAUAUCUCAUUUCAGAAUUCUUAGUAAAAUUGUUACAAUAUUACGAUAGUCCACUAACUAAGUGGAAAACGAGCUGUGGUCUAUUGCUAUGGAAACUAAAAGACAAUACAAACAGUUACGAUUUAAAUAAAAAAACUGAAUGGAAUGGUUAUACUCCACUACAUUAUGCUGCGCGUUUUGCUGACACAGAUACUGUCAUAGACCUUGUAGAAAUGGGUGCUUCUUUAGACUGUAGAAACGUAUCUGGAUUUAUGCCUGUUCAAUACUUGGAUCCCGAACAAUUAGAAGCAGUUCUGGAUAGCUGUGUUGAAGGUGAUAGAUGCGAAAGGAAGGUUAAAGAAUUCGAAGUAUAUAUUAAGUUUCGUACUUUACUUCCAAGAAAAUUGGAAACUGGUAACAAUAAUAUCGAUCAUCCUUCAAUAUCGGUGAAAACUAAUAACGAUGUAGAGAUGCAAGACCUACAUAAUAAGAGUGACACAACUCCAGAGUCUACCAAUUUACUUAACCGUAGUACCAGUAAGCACAGUAAUACUAUUUAUGAAACAGAUCUUGUAUUCUACAUGAGCGAAGUACCAGAGUUCAAGCAUUUACUUAAACACCCUGUGGUAGUAAGUUUCUUGUAUAUGAAGUGGCACAGUACAAGAUGGUUGUUUUGGACAAAUCUUGCAUUUUAUUUAACUUUUUGUGCAUUUUUAGUCAUCAAUGUAUUUCUUAAUACAUCAAUUUUUCGCUAUACUAUACUAUGGGUAUAUUAUUAAUUA